GAGGGGUGCCCGCCACCAAUUGGACAGAGAAGGACCCCCAUCUCAUUAGACGUAGCUGAAGCAGUAAAGAAAUGGAGUUGUUAGGGGGAUGCUACGAACAGAUUCUAUUCGGGUUCGCGGUGAGGCCUGGAGAGAAAUGGGAAGUUGUUCCUGAUUUCACCCACCAUGCCCACAGUGCUUCAUUGUCAGCAAUAGCGGUGAAUGACAGAGAUGUAGUCACUGGCAGCAGGGAUGAAACUAUACAAAUUUAUGAUAUGAAAAAAAAGACAGAACAUGGGGCGCUGAUGCAGCACAAUGGCACCAUAACCUGCUUGGAAUUCUAUGGAAGUACACAUCUGUUGAGUGGUGCUGAGGAUGGUUUUAUGUGUAUUUGGAACACAAAAAGAUGGGAAUGCUUGAAGUCCAUUAAAGCACACAAGGGACAUGUGACAUCUCUUUCUAUUCAUCCUUCUGGAAAGCUGGCUUUGUCAGUAGGAACAGACAAGACAUUAAGAACAUGGAACCUUGUAGAAGGAAGAUCUGCUUUCAUAAAAAAUCUAAAGCAAAAUGCACAUCUUGUUCGGUGGUCACCUAGUGGUGAGAUGUAUAUUGUGGUUAUAGCUAACAAAAUGGAUAUGUACAAGCUUGAAACUGCUUCUGUCUCUGGCACAAUUGUUACAGAAAAAAGAAUAUCUUCAGUACAGUUUAUUACAGAUACCAUAGUUGCCGUUGCAGGAGAUGAAGAAUUUGUACGAUUAUUUGACUGUAAAUCUGCAAAGUGCGUUUGUGAAUUUAAAGCUCAUGAGAACAGAAUAAAAGAAAUCUACAGUUUUGAAAUGGAAGGUUCACAUAUUCUGGUGACUGCAUCCAAUGAUGGAUACAUUAAGAUGUGGCGUCUUGAUCUGGACAAGAUGACAGAUUCCCCAUCAUUGCUAUGUGAAGUCAAUACUAAGGCCAGGCUUACAUGCUUAGCAGUGUGGCUCAAAAGAGUCUCAGAAACAAAGCAGACAGCUAAUGAAGCCAUGGUAUCUUCAGCUCAAGUAUGUGAAGCAGAAGAACCACUGAUUAAGAAAAAGAAGAUUUGUUGGAUUGAUUGUGAUAAGUCAGCAGAGGGAGAUGGCCAGGAAGCCUACACAAAAAGAAAAUCUGCAGAUGUACAACAAAAGAAGAAAAAGUUGCAAAAAUUAAAAUAAAUAAUGGUUUCAUUACUAUUUUCAGUCUUCAAAAUAUACUAAAUGUCCACAAAUCAGGUUUCAUUUUUCCCAUUUAUGUCUAUUUAUGACAGCUUGAUUUAUUACUAUCUACAGAAAAUAGUCAGUUUUCAGAUCUUUUGACUGUUUUAAAAAUGAGAGAAAUAUCUGUAUCAAAUAAAAAUAAAUAUUUCUUAUUUUAGAAGAACUUAAAAUUGUUUGCAAGUUGCUAACAAAUUCUGGAGUUCAUGAGUUAACUGUAUGCGUUUUCUUUAAUUGUCAUAAUUCUAACUUCUAUUGCAUUUUUGAAAGCAUAACUCAAAUACAGAAAACCCCAUAGCAUCGUUUGUAAAUUGUUAAUGAAAUUUCCAGCAGGGGUGUUCUGUUUUCCUUAGUCCUUUCUAUUUGUUGCUCUUAGAAAGGAAACUUUCAUGUUCAGAACUUCAUUCAUUGGAUUAAAUAAGAACAUACCUGUAUGUAUUUCAGGAAACAUACAUAGAACAUAACUUACUGUACUGUCAUUUGUUUUAAUAAGGACCAGACAUUUUAUGCAAAAGGCUAUACAUGCAGAUCUGCUUUCCUAUAUUAGGAAGCAAAUGCAAUAGGAUGAGUUCUGUAUAUAUAAGACUAACGUAUUUAUUCAAUUUCUACCCCACCCAUUAGCCAGAAUGACGUUUAGAGCAGCUUCCUGUGCCCAUAAGCCACGUUAGAGACUAUAGAGCAAAACAGACCUUAAUACGUGUUUAUAGCCAAUAGG